AUGUUUCUUCGCGCCAAUACCUGGAAUCGGCUUCGCCAGCUACGACCCCGCCGCUCGACAACGUGCCUAAGACCUGGCAAACGGCACGAAUUCUCGCAAGCAUCGCGCAUCGAUCGCGUCACGAAACGACUGCCCCCGCGCCUGCAGAAAUACACCAAUGGUCUACGGAAUGCACCAGUAUCGCACAUUGUGUCAUUUCUCGUCCUUCAUGAGCUUACGGCCAUUGUCCCGCUGCUUGCGCUGUUUGCGCUCUUCCACUAUACUACAUUUGUGCCCGUGGCAUACGUGACCGCACAUUUUGGGGAGUACGUGCAGAGUGGCAUAUCGAGGUUUGAGAGGUAUUUCAGUCGGAAGGGCUGGUUUGGAUUUGCGCCAGGCGACAUGGGCGAGGACAAGAUGGACGACGCCAUGGAUAAGUGGGAGAGCGGGGAGCAAAAGUACAAGAUCCUAGUUGAGGCUGCUCUGGCGUAUGCAGUCACCAAAGCCUUGUUGCCUAUUCGAAUCAUAGGCUGUGUCUGGGCAACCCCAUGGUUCGCAGGUGUAUUGCUUCGAACAAGACGAGCCUUGACACGAAAAUGA